AGAAUAAAUAUUUUCGACGUCCCUGCUGUCGAGUUUUGUUUUUGGCGGAGGAGAAAUCAGAAAUUACGGGCAACCGCAGUGGCUAACAAAUUCUCAGUGCUAUCGAGCCGACGACUACAUUUCUGAACCUCACUUGUUUCUGACUCCGAUUCCGAACCGGAUCGAAUUGUGCGGCGUGUGUCAAACAUAAAAUAUCACAAAAUUUUUUUUUCUGUGAGAACAAACGACGACUGGCAGCGGCCGCCUGGCAAAGAUCUCCUCAAGAAAAAAAAAAAUCCAAACAAAAUAAUACAAAAAAAAGCUAAAAGCCAAAAGAAGAAUAAAAAAGUGAAAUUGCCUUUUGCGGCAUCUCGGCACUUCACUGACACACAAAUUGCAGUACAGCGAAGAAUUUUCGUCAAACAAAAACAACAAGAAAAAAACACAAAAAAAAAACGUAUAAAAUACGGAAAAUAGAAUAGUAACCCGCUGUGUUUGUGUGCGUUUUGUGCGUGCGUGUUGUUGUGAGUGGUGUGCGUGUGUGUAGUUGUUGCGCCAAAAAAAAAAAAAAAAACGUUCCAAUCGGAAUUCUGGCCUGCAAACGGAACAGCUGGCCACAAGAACAACUGAAAGAGACAACAAUAAAAACAACAACAAAAACGCGGCCAAGAACUUUUUGUUUUUUUUUUUUUAGCUGCUAAAAAAUGGGCGAUUUUGAUCUAAACGUGGACAGUCUCAUACAGAGGCUGCUGGAAAACUUCAAAAAGCAAAAAGAGGCCGAAGAGCACGCCCAGAAGCUGCUCAUUGCCCAGCAAUUGGCUGCUGCCGGUGGUGCUGCUGCUGCGGUGGCUGCCGCAUCCGUUGCCGUCAACGCCUCAUCACCCACAGCCAGUAGUUCUGGUUCAGGAUUUAAUCCAAGUUUCGGUUCUGGUUCUGGUUCUGGUUCAAUAUCGAUAUCGGGUUCGGGAUCUAAUGAUCCCUUGGACGAUCUCACCGAACAGCAGCGACGUCUGUUGCAACAAUACUCGAUAUCGCCGCCCAGCGAGACGAUGAUAUCCGCCGACGGUGACCAGAUCACGGUCCAUCAUCCGCGCGAGGAGCCCAAGAAAUCCAGAUUGAAAUUGCGCGACUUUUUCGUCGCCGAGUUUGGUAUUAAAAUCUAAAAAAAGUUUAAAAAUUCUCAUUGAAUAUUCAUCUCGCUCGCCCAUGUAGUGAAGUGUCUUGUUUGUGUCCUUAAUGCCAUCACGCCAGAAGACUAGGACAUCUGGCGCUUGUUUGUCUCUCCCAGUAGCCAGUAGCUUGCCAAGCACUAAAAUCCACCAAUAUCCUUACCAAGCAAGUCUAUCUGAUGAUCACAUUCCCAUAAGCCAGAGCCCCAGAUGUUAUGAAGUAUUGUAGUUUAUUGUCUUUUUGGCUGAUU